AGUCAUCUUUCCCUCAACAACAAUGAAGAACCACAAUCUUUAUCUAAUUUUGCUCACGAGCAUCACGCUCCUUGGCAGCUUCAAUUCGACCUUAGCAGAUGGGAUUUUUAACAACAUCGAGAAUGCCAAAUUGAUUCAAUCCUCAUCUAUCGUCCCGACCGACGGUAAUUACGUUUUCAAGAAUGUCGGCACCGGCCAAACCAUCCAACAUGACCGAAAGAAUGACGUGCCCAAUAUCUAUACCAGUGGCGAUGGAGGUGACAGCGGCAGCAUUCUUCCUGCCGCUCAUCAUCACCGUCAUCACCGCGCACGUGGUGGAAAACACGAUGAUGAUGAUGAUGAUAGCCUCGAAGUGGUUUCGGCUCUCGAGCUUCGCUCUCACAGAACCCGCACCAAGUGGAUUAGUAUCCGAACCACUGCCACCACUGGUGAUCCAAAAUGCAUCAGUGCGCAAUGGGGAUAUCAUACUGAAGGCGGAGCGGAUCAUGCAGGAACACUUUACGAAUGUGUGGUGGAUCCGCUCAACCUUGAAGCAACUCUGGAAAAGCCCAAGCAAUGGUGGUUAUUGAUGCCUGUCGAAGCUGCGAAGAACCUGAACUCUGAUCAAACGUUGGACUUGAAGAACCAGAUCUUAAGUCAAAACAAACACAUGAAGAUGAAGGAUAACCCGAUAAUUUCUCGGAUCGUCGAAGACCAAGGAAAAGCUUCUGGCGAUCAACUACCCACACCUUUUUGGAACCCCAAAACCAAUCGAAUCGAGAACUUCUCGUCCCCGGAUAAGCCCAAGAGCAAGAGGCACUAUGAUCUUUCCGGUGAACGCAAACGCGAAUUGGAAAACAGUCUCCCAACCAGUCAUAUUGCCAAUACUACCAACGCUAUGCCAGUCGCCCAAGCUCUGAAUGUUGUCCACGGGGACCCCAAUCACAACCAAGAUCUCAUCGAAAAAGCGGAGGAUUUCAGCCAUGCGGAUGCAAGCCCGUUGAAAAUGUUUGACAAAAGGACAACUAGGCACCAUAUCUAUUCUAAAACAGCGUCCCAAAUUCACCCAAAGAGGAAAGAAGCUGAUGGCUCCCUUGGUCCGUUUUACGUCGUCAGCGUUGACCAUCUUUACGAUAUGGAAACUAGAGUCUGGACCUCUGCGGUUAAGAAAACUGUCGGAAAUCAGUUGAGCCUUGUACUCAAGAAGUUGGAUCCAAACGACAAAACCCAGCAGUGGUAUUUGGACGUGCAAGCAUGAAGGUUCCCAUGUUGAAAUAGUUGCCAUCAGUCUUUGGCGUAGUAUUUGGAUAAUCA